AUGCUCCGUUUCGUGGCUCUCGUUCUGCUCAUCUCCGUCUCGUCGGCCCAGUUCACCGAUUCGUGCACUUCGGACGUGUACACCACCAUCAAACAGUGCUACGUGAAAUACAUGGCCGGAUACAACAUCUCGAUGACUGACACGAUUCCCGAGUAUUGGGACUUCCACUACACCCGCAGACAGCUUCUCGACGACGACGGCCUUCACAUUCAGCCCUACGUUUGCCAGUGAGCAUUUCUUUCCUGAAGAACAUCUCUCAUUUUGUGCUCUUUCAGACUCGGAAACGCGCUCAGCGACUGUCUGGCCCCUUAUUCGUGCAUGGGACCGAAUGCGUACCUCCAGAUGAACGCCGCCAACGCCACCGAAGCCACCGACUACUGGAUCGAUCUGGCAGUCACUCAAUAUCAGUGCGGAACCGGAUACAACCGUAAUUAGCAUUCCCCGCAACCUUUUUCAUGCUCGUUUUCAGUGACAAUGACCGAGUUCUACUGCAUUGCAUUCUGCCGGGAUCGCUACCAGCCAGACGUCGAUCAAUGCGAUGCUCAGGCUGCCAUCGACAUCCAGAAUGGAAUGGAUCCGUGCGCGUGAGUUAUCCGGCUUCUCCGAAACUUCUGAAAUUGCCUUUUUUUAGUGCCCAGCAGAAGGAUUUCAACUGCCAAGCUGCCAUUUACCGAAACUGCUGCGAUUGGAAUGCCGGAGUGUACAUCUGCAACGUCGAUCUAGCAGGAUCGAAGGCCGUCAACCCGGCCUGUGUGAACGCCGGUCUCAUUACUUGUCCGGCUCCACGAUAA